GUUGUUUUCAAUAACAAACCGCGCAGGAAACUCAUGGAUUAUGUAUUGAGAAGUACAAAAAAAUUAUGAAAUUUCACCUAUCAAUUAUUUUCUUAUAUAGUUAUGUGUCGUGUCUUUAUUUUCCUCCACGAGAUAAAAUUCCCUUGGGGGUGCUCUUAGAGGACCAAGGAAGCCAAAAACUCAUACCAGUACUCACAAGUCUUUAUGCGAAUUACCUAAUUAAUCAAAACAUCGAUUACAAAAUGAAAUUCCGUACGGUACCAGCUGACUCCUUCGAAGCCAGUAAAAUAAUUUGUAAUUUGACCGAAACCGGAACUGGAGUAACUGCCUUCAUAUCGUCCAUUUCCUCGGAAAAAUCACAUAUACUGGACUCGAUAUGUGCCGAAAUGGAAAUUCCACAUAUUCAACUGUUCUGGGAUUCUGAAACCACGAUCUCCAAGCUGACAUCUUUGAAUUUCUACCCAGAAGUAGAUCUUUUCGCAGAAGGACUCGCUACAAUAGUGCAGAGUUUACAGUGGAAAAGUUUCGUGAUAUUGUAUGAAGACGAGGCCAGUUUAGUAAGACUCAAAUACAUUCUGAAAUUGGAACCGUAUAAUUCUGAGAAGAAAUGGAAUUCUAUCAAACUGAAGCAGUUGGGUCCUGGUCCUGACUAUAGAGGGGUUCUCAAGGACAUCAAGCAUAUACCAGAGACGAAUAUAAUCUUAGAUUGUAACACUGACAAAAUUGUUGAAGUAUUAAAACAAGCUCAGAGUGUAAGAAUGUUGGAAAUUUUCCAUAGCUAUUUUCUGACAUCUUUGGAUGCACACACCGUAGAUUUGGCAUCACUGAAUUCCGGGGCGAAUAUAACAACAAUACGGAUAUUUGAACCCGAAAAUAUACUUGUGGAACAAGCAGCCAAAAACUGGGAGCUUGCAGAGUUCAAUCUUUUCAACAACACAAUAAAAUACGAUCCGUAUACAAUUAAGACUAGUACUGUGUUGAUGCAUGAUGCUGUUGAACACCUUAUUGGGGCUGUUAACGAUUUCUUCAAGACAGAAAGAAUUCAACCAGCGACUUUGAAAUGUCAAGAGAACAAAAAAUCCGAAAGUGGUUUCCGCAUCGUAUCUUAUAUGAAAAUAAAACCAAUAGACCGCGCCUUGACUGGCCCUAUUCAAUUCAGCAAGAAUGGCACAAGAAUCGAUUUCAACAUAUAUUUGAUUAAAGGUACAGGAAAUCAUACCUUGAAUAGGUGGAGAGCUCAAGAUCAACAUUUGAUUUCUAAUCGAACGCAGAAGGAAUACGAACAAGAGGUUGAGGAAAUGUUGAAAGGACAAGAUCUUGUUAUAUCAUCGAGGCUGGUGUUACCUUAUUUAUCUUACAUAGAUGAACACAUAACUAAAAUUGGAAACGAUAAAUACGAAGGAUAUGCAAAGGAUUUGAUGGAUGCCAUUGCAAAAAUCGCUGGAUUCAGAUAUACUUUCGAACUGGUAGCAGACAAUCAACCAGGAACAUAUGAUAGAAUGCUAGGACGAUGGAAUGGCCUCAUAGGGGAAAUCACUGAACAUCGGGCACAUAUGGCAAUAAGUGAUUUAGCUAUGACUGCUCAAAGACAACAGGUUGUCGACUUCAGCAGUCCUUUCAUGAAUCUAGGGAUUGGGUUGAUGGUUAAGAAGGCAACGACGAAAGAAAUACCUCUCUUUUCAUUUUUGGACCCAUUCACGCAAGAUGUAUGGGCCUACACAGCAACUCUCCUUUUAGCCUUAUCUGUUCUUUUUUUUCUCGCAUACAGAUUAGCUCCAAAUGAAUGGGUAAAUCCUCACCCAUGCGAGCAGAACCCAGACGAAUUAGAAAUUGAAUGGAAUUUCAAAAAUUGUGUCUGGCUGGUUCUUGGAUCUCUAUUACAACAAGGUUGUGAUAUUUUACCGAGGUCAUUAUCUACAAGAGUUUCACUGUCUUUAUGGUGGUUUUUCUCUCUCAUAAUGUACAACUCUUACACAGCUAAUCUAGCUGCCUUUUUGACAACUGAAAAGACAGGCAUCAACGUUAAGAACGUUGAAGAGCUGGCCAAACAGACAACUAUAAAAUAUGGUUGUAUGGAAAACAGUGCUACGUAUGACUUCUUUGAAAACUCCGACUACACGACCUACAGAAAAAUGUGGAACAACAUGAAAGCAAGUAACAAUCCCAGUGUAUUCGUUAAAAGUGACGCAGAAGGAGUAAAAAGGGUUGUAAACACUAAGGAUAGUUUGUAUGCUUAUAUGACAGAGUCAACAAUUAUCGAUUAUGAAAUAAAGACAAGAUGUGAACUUAAAUCAGUGGGCAACUGGUUGAACUCCAUAAGUUAUGCGAUAGCUAUGCCAAUGAAUGCUGGAUACUUAGGUAUUAUAAAUAGUGCAAUACUGAAUUUAUCAGAAAGUGGAGAGUUAGACAAACUGAAGGAAAAAUGGUGGGAAAAGAGACGAAAAGAUCCGAUCUGCCAGGAAGAGAGAAUUACGGGUGAGGAUACAUCCCUCAAGCUCACCAGAGUGGCUGGAGUUUUUUUAGUCACAGGCAUUGGAAUCGCAACAGGAUAUGUAGUCGCUGUAAUGGAAUUCUUGUGGAAUGUUAAAACGGUUGCUGUCGAUGAGAAAAUGACCUAUAUGGAGGCUUUGAAACAUGAAUUUUUAUUCGUGAUCAAUUUGAAAUUGCAAAAAAAAAGAACUAAACACAAAAUAGUUUCUGGAAUCUCCACGGAAAAGUUAGACACCAACAUGAAGAACCAUAGAAGUAGAAGCCGUUUAAAAGGAUCAUCACUUUUUUUGGAUAACAAUCAACUGAACAACUCGAAUUUAGAUAAAAACGACUGAAUAUUUGUAGUGUUUAAUACUUUCCAUCAAAUACAGUGAAGUGAGUGAAAGAAAGAAAUCGUUGUGAACUGUAAAUGCAUUUUCAAUAGGUAAUCUAAAUAACUAUAGCAAUAUUUCAGU